UCUUCAUUAUUUUCCCCCCUUUCUCCUUGCUACCUCCUUUAUAUAUAUAUCUUCUUGGGGGCUUCCUUUUUGUUGUGCUUGUUGACAAAUAAUUUUACAGCUCUCCCAUAGCUAGCUUGUGAUUAACAUAUAUCUAUCUAUAUCAGUUAUAUCCAUGGAGGAUUCAGGAGCUGCUUCUAGUGAUGAUGUCAACAAGACUUGUCCUAGAGGACACUGGAGGCCAGCUGAAGAUGAAAAGCUCAGGCAACUUGUUGAACAGUAUGGUGCACAAAACUGGAACUCUAUUGCAGAAAAGCUCCAAGGAAGAUCAGGGAAGAGCUGCAGAUUGAGGUGGUUUAAUCAACUUGACCCUAGAAUCAACAGAAGACCAUUUACAGAAGAAGAAGAAGAAAGGCUCCUUGCUGCUCAUCAUAUCCAUGGAAACAAAUGGGCAUUGAUAGCUAGAUUAUUUCCUGGUAGAACCGACAAUGCAGUGAAGAAUCACUGGCACGUUAUAAUGGCUAGAAAACAAAGAGAACAAUCCAAGUUAUGUGGGAAGAGAAGUUUUCAAGAUGCAUUUAGCGACUCUAAGCUAAGCUCUACUGGUUUUAGUACUUCAAGGAAAUUAGCAAGAUGUCAAGAGGCUUUUAGCUCCAGAUUUGGGUUUGGAGACAGUAGGUUUUUCGACCAGUUUCAAAACCAAGGUAAAGAUAAGAUUUUCUCAGUCUCAUCCACAUCGACUACUUCUUCACCAUCUUGGAAUUUUGCUUCAUCAACAAUGGUGGCUUCAAACAACCCAUCUUCAGCUCAGUUAUCAAUAAGAGACGGGAAAAAUCAUUUACUGCGGUCUGGUUCUAGUUAUUACUCCAUGGAUACCUCAAAGCUUUUAGAUCAAUCUCUUUAUAAAUAUCAUUCAAAUGCCUCGGCAUAUUGUAGCAGCUUCAGAAAUUCCAGUGCAUUUGGAAUCCAUAACUACAGGAGGGUGGUUCCAAGUCCUUUUGGCUACCUUAAACUUGGUGAUACUUUUGAAAGCAAUAAUGGUGUGAUGACAAAGGAGUUUCUGAGCAUUACUGAUAAUGCACCCAAGUCUGCAAAUCUUAGAGUGAGUAAUUCCCAGCAGGAGCAAGAAGAUGAAUCAGACAAACCAAAGGAUGUUCCUUUCAUAGAUUUUCUUGGUGUUGGUAUUUCAUCAUGAUCAUAAAAAAAAAUCCCAUCUUAUUUAACUAUUUUUCCUGGUAUGCAUAACAGCACUAGCUUUGCUUUUCCAUUGCAUCAUUAUGAUCAUACAUGUUGAUAAUUAACAUGCAAAAGUUAAGCAGAAAAGACAAUAUGUUAGCUUUUUAGCAGUUAGAGGAAAAGAAAAACAACAUUUUUCUUCAAUAUCCAAUAUUUUAAAUAA